AUGAACCAGACCAAUCAGACUUGGGUGACAGAAUUCUUCCUCUUGGGACUUUCUGAUGACCCUCAGACUCAAGUAUUGCUCUUUGCAUUGUUCUUGGUAGUCUACUUGAGUACUAUGCUUGGAAACCUGCUCCUCACAUCCCUAGUUCUGCUUGACUCACAGCUCCAUACACCUAUGUAUUUUUUCCUGUGUAAUUUAUCUCUGACUGACCUUUGCUUCUCAACUACUACUGUUCCCCAAUCUCUAAUCCACAUGUUGUCUAGAAGAAAAUUGAUUUCUUUCACAGGAUGUGCAGGUCAAGUUCUUUUCUUCCUAUUCUUUGGAUCUACACAGUGUGUCUUAUUAGGUGUGAUGUCCUAUGACCGAUACUUGGCAAUUUGUGACCCUAUGCAUUAUCCCCUCAUCAUGACAUGGAAGGUAUGUGGCCUCUUGGCCUUAGGGUGCUGGUCCGCUGGCUUUGUUGCAUCCAUGGUGGACAGCAUUUUCAUACUAAGUCUACCUUACCAAGGAGACAAUCAGAUUGCUCAUUUCUUCUGUGAGGCUCCAGCCCUUCUGGUUUUGGCAUCUGCAGAUACUCACAGCACAAAUAUGGUCAUUUUCCUCAUGGGUUCAGUCAUCAUAGUUACACCUAUGUUUCUGAUUCUGAUUUCUUAUGUAUGUAUCAUAAUAUCUGUGAUCAGGAUGAAGACAGCCUCAGGGAGACUCAAGGCCUUCUCCACCUGUGGUUCUCAUCUCACUGUGGUCAUAAUUUUUUAUGGAUCAGCAAUCAUCAAAUAUAUGACACCUAAGUCUUCCAAGGACAUAGGGAAGGUCAUAUCUGUAUUCUAUGCAGUGAUAAGCCCUAUGCUCAACCCCCUCAUAUAUAGCCUGAGGAACAAUGAUGUGAAAAGGGCAUUCAGGAAUGUGGCCAACAGUAGACCAUUCUGCAGAAUUUGAUCCUCUCACCUGUCACUGAAUUUUACAUUAUCUCUCUUCCAAUCUUUAGUCUUCAGGCUCAUAGAAAAACUGGGCUAUUAUGAACAGUAUUAGGAGACAGAGAUGAAUGUUUAUAUUACUAUUAUCAUUCUUAUAAUGAUUCCAGGUUGUAUAGUUGUAUACCUGUCAUAUAUAUGAAGUGAAGAUGUGAUGUUGAAAUGAUCCCCCUGGAGAAUAGGAUGGAAUCAUUCUAAUUUAGAUGACUCCAGAAAUAAUUUAUUUAUUAUAACAUUAUCAUAGCUUUUGAAUAUUCUGCAC